AUGAGGUUCAUUAAUAUCAACUGCCGAUUUCCAGGGAGCACCCAUGAUGCUUAUGUUUUCCAACAUUCGAGCAUUCCUGGUAUCUUGGAGACGUUGCCUGGAGGAGGAUGGCUUUUAGGGGAUUCUGGGUAUCCUCUGAAGGAUUACCUGAUGACUCCUUUCAUCAACCCUUCAACGCCUGCUGAAGAACGUUAUAAUGCCGCCCACUGCAAAACCAGGAAUGUGGUGGAGCGUACAUUUGGUGUUCUAAAGGCAAGGUUUAGGUGUUUACACAGCAGUGGAGGAUACCUUCCUUUUAAACCAGAGAAAUGUGCCCUAGUUGUAGAGACAUGUAUGAAGUUGCACAACAAGGCCAUCAACGAGAGAGUACCUUUGCGUAAUGGUGGUGCUGUAGCCAACCAGCACAACAACGCAGUAUACCAGGGAGCAGUCCCACUUAGAGCAAGAGAGCUGAGGCAGCAGUUGGCUUCCAGAUUCUAGG